CGUCUCAAUGACGCAUGACAUAAAUCAUAAUGAUAUAAAUAAGCUGUGAUCAUAAUUCAAAUUAACAAAACUAAAAUAUGUCGUCAGUACUAUUUUCUUUACCAGAAUUUUUUAAUUCUUAUAAAAUAUGGGUAAGCAAAAAUCCCAAUACUUUAGGCGAUUGGGAGAGCACCGUGAAGUGGAUAUCUUACUUUUUAGCAGGAAGAAUAAACAAUUCUCAAAUACUUUCGGAGUUAAUAUAUUGUCUUUCCAAUCUGUUGGUUAUGUUUAAUGACCGAAUUAUUAAAAAAGCAAACCAUCUUGAAAUUAAUACCAGUGCUGAAAAAAUUAAGUUAUGGCUAACUGUAAUUGAAUAUUCUGAAGUCUUUUGUGAGUUAUCUGCAAGCAAACUUUGGGGUACUACUGGAAAAUGGGUUAUUAUUGUAUGUAUACAAGUUUUAAAAUGCAUAUCAAGACUAUUUCUUAUCUUCCAUUUCAAAGAGCCAAUUAUUCAGAAUCCUCCUAUUCCAGUCCUAGAUAGGAAAAAUAUGACAAUUUGCAAAGAGGAUUAUACAGAGAGAAAUAUAACUCCAACCAAUUUUGAUUCUGUAACAUUUACUUUAAAAAGAUCAGGGAGAGUAGUGAGAAAAAUGGAUUCUUCUCCACCAAUAGUUGGAAGAGAUUGGAAACCCUUACCAAAAGCUUCAUUCUUUACGAAAAAUCAAAAUACAAUUGAUGCUACUCUAGCAACAAAUAAAAUUGCAGAAACUGUAUACAUAGCCAAACCCCUUGUACAUUUAGCCACAAUGGCUUGUUUUGGAACAAAAACUUGGAAAUCUUGGACUAUAUCUUUGGCCUUAGACAUAGUUAGUUUGGAAAUGUACAGAUCAUCUACCAAGAAAAAUACCCAUAAUUUGACACCACAACAGCGUUUGCAGAUUUCAAAAAGAACUAUUUUAAUGUUGUUAUAUCUUUUGAGAUCACCUAUGUAUGAUAGAUAUAGUAAAGACAAAGUACAUUCCUUCUUAAUGGUACUCAGUAAAAUACCGGUAGCAGGUUUAGUUUGUACACCUUUAGCUCAGUAUCUGCCUUUUUGGCAAAGUACCUACUUCUAUAUGUGGUCUACAUAAAUAUAGGUUAAGUUUAAGGGAAAAUGGGUUUGUUUUGUAAUAAUGUUACUUUUUCAGUAUAUAACUUUUAUUUUGUCACAAUUUUUACCAUUCCUAAAAUCUGUACAAUAAUAAUUGAUAUUCUCCUUAAAAAAUAUUAUUUUUAUGUAGGUAGAUACUGUUUUUAAACUAAGAGGAGAUUACCAUGAAGAGAUGAAUUCCGAAGUAUUUUAGAAAAAACUAACAACUUUAAUAUUGAUUUUUUAAAACUAAAAAUUGAUAAUUUCUAACCAAAAUGAUUAAAAUGUAUCUAAAUAUUCAAGUAAAUUUUAUUUAUUAGAAAAGAAUAAAACCAUUUACAAAAUUCAUAAAACAUUUAAAACACCAUUUACUACUUUAGGGAUAAUCUUAAUUUAGCAAAAUGAGUUAACAUUACUUUCACAAAAAAAUAUUUUAAAAAUACUUAAAAUUAAUACAUAGGUAUGUAUGAAUAGUUCAUUUUAAAAAAUAUAUGUUGAUGACAUGUGAUGUUAUGAAAAUGUUGGACUCAUAGGCCUGAAUGCCUUUAUUUGCCCUUUAGCGUAUUAACCAUGGGUUAACACUAAAUAAGCCAUAAUAUCCACAUUACUCAUAGAUAGGAGAGAUACCAGUUACUGUGUGAUCACUUGUCAUUCACUGAUUAACUUUUACUUUUUAUACCUAUAACAAAAAUAUCCUUAAAAAU